AUGCGGACGCGUUCGAGGACCGGCUUCAACGUCAUCCCCGAGAACUGCGCGGCCGUCGUGUUCUCGCACCUCGGUGACGACCCACGGGACCGCAUCGCGCUCGCGCAGGUGAGCAGGGUGUGGAGAGACGCGGAGCGGACUGACGCGUCGUUGCCCGUCGCUCCGAGUGCAUUGAUCGAGCUCGCUCACGACGUUGGUAAACAACAAUACCACGAGCUCUACUGGAUGAGCAAGGCGGCCGAUCUUGGCGACGCGGAGGCGAUGUACUGGCUGGGGCGUUUCUUCGAAGGACGGGCGGACGAAAUUGAAGAAUAUGAAGAACAGACUUGGAUGCUAUACCUGACGAAGGCCUACCAGUGGUUCGAAAGAGCGUCCGAGUGCGGCCACGCCGAAGCGAGCGAACUAUUUCGAAGGCGACGGGUGUCCGUGCCGUGA